AUGUAUCUAUGUGCCUAUCAACAUAAAAGCCUGACCAUAAUCCUUCUGGUUCCUGUUUCCUCCAUUCUUAACGGAGAGCAAGGACUUUCACUCGUGAAGCAGCAAGUCUUGGGAAAUGCUUCACUCAAAAUGUUGAGGGUCGAGGAGAAAUUAUCAAAGGGAUGGGGUGGAGAAAAUGCUUAUCAUGUUAGUGGCUAUCGUUACUUACUGGUUGAUGAUGAAAGAGUAUCCCGGGCUUCUCCUCCAGCAAAGGUCAUGACCCUAGCUAAGGAAUCUUUACUUGCCCUGAGCAAGCUGAGAGAAGAGGUGAAUUUGGAGAAGAAGAGAGCAAAAUGCAGCAGCAGUGAGGUAAAUUGUGACAAAGAAUUGGAAAUAUGUGUAAGAGCCAAAAAUGGUGCCUGGGUUAUAGCACGGACAUCAAGAGGGAAGGAGCUCUAUAUGGUUCUAGAAAAAGCUAGCGAAACGCUUCUGUAUGCCGCUGAUUCCGUGGAGAAGUUCAGCAACAGGUACUGCAGUGGGGUAUUUUCUUUAGAUUAA